ACGUUGAAGUAGAUUUAGUAAUUUGCACCGAUAAUUAAAUCAUUGUAAGCCGAAAAUAAUUCGACAAGCAAAAAAUUGCUCACGCAUACAAACAAACAUACAAAAAAGUGAAAACAAAAACAUUCAGUGUCGACCCGAAACGUGUUUGCUUGCGUAGAAAUAAAAAAUACGUUAAAAAACGGUAAUACAACAACAAUCAAACGGAAAUAGCAUUCGCUCAAUAUGCGGUUAUUCAAUGUGGGAAAAUCCGCACAAUUUAAUAUGCCUCAAUGGCAAUUUUCACUUCUCUUCAUCGCUGCGUUAUUUUCAUCGGCCACCUCACAGGCACGCUGUCGCAAUCCGAAUGCCAAAUUGGGUUAUUGUGUCUCCGUUUACGAAUGUCCCAGCCUGCUUGAGGUAGUACAACGCUACAAUCUAGCUGCGGCGGAUCGUGAGUUCUUGCAGAAAUCUCAGUGCGUUAACGGUUAUGGACGUUCGCCGUAUGUCUGUUGUACGCCCGAUAAAGGUUACGCAUCGACCAAUGAUGGCCAAAAUCCAGAUGUAACAACAACAACGACAACACGUCGCCCAACGUCUGUCAAUCCACCAUCACCGAGCAAUGGCAGAGGUAAUGUGCUGCCGGUGCCGCCAGAAUGUGGACCAACUUCGUUGAAUGAUAAAAUUUACAAUGGCAGAGACACGGCACUGGAUCAAUAUCCAUGGAUGGUGUUGCUUGAAUACACACAGAAGAAUGGCGAACCUAUACUCAAUUGUGGCGGCAGUUUGAUAAAUCAACGUUAUGUGCUGACAGCAGGACACUGUGUUGUGGGAGCUAUCGAAACGGAAAUUGGCCCACUCUCAACGAUUCAUCUGGGCGAGUAUGAUAUCAGUAAAGAAAUCGAUUGCAUACAACAAGAUUGCAACAACAAAGUUGUAAAAAUCGGCUAUGAACAGGUGAUCCCACAUCCACAAUACCAGCCCAACAACAAUAACCGUCAUCAUGACAUCGCGCUGAUACGAAUGUCUGAGGACGUGACAUACUCGGAUUUCAUUAGGCCAGUUUGCUUGCCGUUGGCCAGCACACGUCAAGCCGUCAAUGUGGGUGAGCUGCUCACAGUUGCGGGCUGGGGGCGUACAUUAUUGGCGCGCAAGAGUAAUGUCAAGCAAGAAUUGGCCGUGCCAGUGGUGGAUCAUGAUUCAUGCGCGCGUAAAUUUUCUUCACGAAAUAUCAAUUUGAUUACAUCGCAACUCUGUGCGGGCGGUGAGUUCUCCAAGGAUAGCUGUGAUGGUGAUUCCGGCGGUCCGUUGAUGCGCCAAAAUGCCCAGAAUCGCUGGUACCAGGAGGGUGUUGUAUCUUUUGGCAAUCGUUGCGGUCUUGAGGGCUGGCCGGCAGUAUAUACGCGUGUUGCCGAUUAUACAGAUUGGAUUGCGCAGAGUUUGCGUCCAUAGUUGCUGUUUAAUGUUCGAUACGGAUGAGACAAGUAGGCGGCGGAAUUACUUUUAUCGCGCAUGGACUGUGGCUUAUAGCGAAGUGUUUUUACUCUUAGUGUCGAUUGGUUUUAUUUACAGUUUAUUGGAUUGCCAGUUGUUAAUCAUACGAAUAAAAAAAAAUUAAGUAGUAAGUAUGUAAAUGAAAUGUAGAUUAAUAAAAACGAUAAAAUAAUAAUAAUAAAAACACAAUCAACUACUUAUGAAAGAUUUCAAAUUAAUAA